AUGUCGACUUCUUCUCCUCAACAAUCAAUCGAGUCUCCUGGAGCAGCAACUUCUCCUGCUGCAAUUACUCCAGGAACAAGAAGUCGUGCCAUCUCAGCUGCACCUGGACCUGCAUCACCAGCCACAGCUGGGCCCCACAGCCACAGAACGCCACUCUCCAUUAAGCCGAGUUCGAAGCCACCUCCACCCACACAACCUCAACAGCGCACUGCUCUUCCUUCCAUCAACAAGAUGGCCAUGUCGUCCGUAAUCAGCCCAAGUCCGGUUCCGCCGGAGCCUCCAAAGGUUUCUAUGACUUCAAAGGAAUGGGUGAUUCCUCCUAGACCCAAGCCUGGCAGGAAGCCUGCUACUGAUACGCCCCCCACUAAGCGUAAAGCUCAAAACCGCGCAGCUCAAAGGGCUUUCAGAGAGCGGAGGGCUGCCCGAGUUGGGGAACUUGAGGAACAACUUGACCAGCAACGUGAAGUUCAAGAGAAGCAUGAGCAAGAUCUCAAGGAUAAAAUUCACGAACUUGAACUUGAUGUUCAGUCCUACCGAUCCAGAUGCAUGUUGCUUGAAAAUAUGCUUGAACGGGAAAGACAGGACCGUAUCCGGGUUGAAACAGAAGCCGAAACUCUUAAACGUCGUCUCGAUGAAGGUGUCUUCAACUCAAAUUUUCAGUCGCGAACCAUGAGUGUUCAACAUUCAUUUGAUGGAAUGCACAGUCCUACCAGCCAGGCACCAAGACACAGUCUACCUGAUGGACGGCCUGACCGUCAAUCAGGCCACUCAUUUUCCAUCUCACAAAUCAUCUCUCCCCCAGAUACCCUCGACAUGAACUCAUCACAUGAUCCCGAGACUACCCUCACCUGUGGUAACUGUUCCCCAAACGGACGUUGUGCCUGCGCAGAAGAGGUGAUGAAGACAGCCGAAAGCGGUUGCGGGAAGUGCAGCCUCUUGUCCACUUGCCAGUGUCUCGACGAGGCAGCUGAGGCUCUUGAUCGAUCUCAGGACCUCAAGCGUCCUGUUUCGCCGUCGGCAGAUGUGUCGCAUGAGAAGAGACAACGCUCAAGUCCACAUGAAGCAGUGGAGACUAACUAUACAGCCAUGUUCCGCAAGCCUGUUCAAGAGACAUUCUCUGCCCCCUCUCAACUACCCUCUAUGGACUCCAUGCCUUUUAGAGAUGGCUGCGGCUUCUGUAAGGAUGGAACAUAUUGUGUCUGUGCCGAUACAGCACUUGCAACCCCCGCCAUGACUCCUAAUGAUACCCUUCCUCCCAUCUCUCAGCAGGUCCAAACCCCUCCUCCUGAAGAGACUGAUCCUCCCAUGCUUGCGAUGGAGAUGACAGCUGAUGGAGCUGUCAAGCUGCCUCGUCGCACACAGGCUAAGUCAGCUGAGCGUCGAAGUGGCUGUGGUCCUAACGGUCCUGGUUCUUGUGCUCAAUGCCAGGCAGAUCCCAAGUCAGGACUCUUCUGUCGUCUGAUGGCCGCCAACUUCAACAGUAAGAAUGGCAGCUCUGGUGGCUGCUGUGGCGGUAAGGGUGCUGGUGGUGGCUGCUGCAAGUCUCAGUCCAAGCCGCCUCAACAACCCGAGAAGAUCAAUCUUCCAAGUCUUCCUAGUCUGGGCUUGAGUUGCGCCGAGGCAUACCAAACACUAGCUAGCCAUCGCAACUUCUCCAAGGCAGCAGAUGAUAUCGGAUCAUGGCUACCCAAACUCAAGGCUACACCAAGACCUGGCACCCGACCAGCACCUCCUGGCGCAAUGAUGCCUAUCGAGGUUGAAGCAGCGAGUAUAAUGAGCGUCCUGAAGGAUUUUGAUGUUCGGUUUGGGAGGGGAAUUUAA